AGCCAGUCGCUGCCUGUGCAAUGCCUGUGAUGAAAGGUUCAAGGAUUAAAACAGACUCGGAGAUGACUAGGAAGGCCAGGUAUAGAUCGGAAAAAAAUAUAAAAUUAAUAACCUCGAACAAAUCCGAACGCAUUCCGAAUUACCGCUUAACGCUCCAUUUAUGUAUUGUGAAAUGGUAAGACAAUAUUACUUGAAAAAAUUAUACAAUUAUUAUAUGCCAAUUACAUGUCAAUAUUUUUAUUAUAUAUAUGAGCAAUCAUGGAAUCAUGCAUAUCGUUUCUUUCGGGUAAUUUGAUAAUGCAAUCCGCAAUCAAUGUAGCUGGCAUGCAAGGAGCAUGUUGGUAUUAAAACUGUUUACGAUUUUCAUAUAUGAAUUAUAUACUGAAUAUCGUAACCAUACUCGUUUAUAUCAACUCUGCAUCGAACAAUACUAGGGCCAAAAAAUAUGUGGGUUUCCCAUUUUUUCAUGUAAAAAUUUAGGUAGGGUAGGUCGGUUUUUAACCUUUUUUUUAAACUUUUUUUUUUAAUUUUCUUAACAACCGGACGCCAUGUUUAUUUAGUCAGUGCUUCCACAUCCAAAGAUAGAUUUCCCUAAUAUAGACCUUUUUAAAAAGUCUGCCUUGUGACGUAGUUUGCGGAUAAAUAUGAUCAUUUGGCCAAUCACGCAAGCCAAAUGGCUGUGCGGGUUUUUCCUUUAUCCGCAAACUCUACGUCACACUACGAUAGGAUGAAAUGUUUUCGAGUAAAGGAUUCCAAACCGCGUAUCAGCGUUAUAAAAUUUCUAUCGGUUUGAAACACUUUCAAUACUGAUGACGUCAAAUGGAAAAAGACUUAAUGCGUUAUGCGAUGUCCUAUGCACAGGACAAUAGGCAAUUCCAGCUUUUAGUUUAUGCCUGCAGGGGAUGAUGGGAAGUAAGAUAUCAUAGUGCUGAUUAUGCUGAAAAUUUUCAAUAAAAACUGCCGAAACAACCGAAAUAUUUCAAUAUUUACAAGUAUAAGCUAUCACUCCGUGUUUACACGGCCACCAUUUUUAUUUUUUCAGCAUAAUCAGCAAUGUGAUACCUUACUUCCCAUCGUCCCUGCACGCAUAAACUAAAAGCUGGAAUUGCCUAUUUUAUGGACAAUUCGCAAUGCAAAUGAUGUUAUACCUUUUGGUAUACAUUUCAUCGAUGUUAAAGUACGAUUUACUAAACUAGUUUUAUCCUUUUAUCCAUGUUUUCUGAGUUUUCAAAACGUAGAAUCAUAUGUUUCAAAAUCUUGUGUUUUGUCGUACGUUUUGAAGAUUACUAUACAAACUGACACAAACACAGUUUUUAAUCCACUCCCCCCUCGGCAAUCUCUCGUCCGUGUUGACAAAAAACAUCACUUGCUUAAGCUCCCUAAUAUUAUAUACCGUAUGCUUGAAAAUGGUAAAGAUUGUACGACUUCAUUCUCAUCACAUAUACAUUGCAGGGAAGGAGUGAUGGAAUUCCUGCUUAUGAAUCACCCACUGGAUUGUCCUAUAUGUGAUCAAGGAGGAGAGUGUGAUUUACAGGUAUAUACCGGUAGUUGACUGUUACCAAUUUAUUUAUAAUGGCCCAGCCUCUUCUCCAGGCUCCAUUUCGGAUUCGUGCGUAUUCCGUUGCACUGCACUGUGCACAUUGUCGACCUCUAAUUCCACGCAUGUUUCACGCACGAACUUCACGCACGAGCUCCAUGCACGAAGUAACAAACUUUAAUCAAGAGAACGAACCUGAUAGUAGUUUCUGAGAAGGUACUGCACUGUGCAUCAGAUGAAUAUUACGUGCAGGUGAAACAACCCGUGAGAUUUAUUAGUUCAGAUUUAUUUAAAGGAACAACUGAAUGUAAAGGGUAUAUGGGAUAUGUCACUAUAUACUGUGUGUUUUAUAGGAUCAGUCUAUGGCAUUUGGAAGUGACAGGAGUCGUUUCGUGGAUAAUGAUUUCUCUGGGAAAAGGUAUAUGAGCGUACCUGCAAUAAUGAGUUUGUGUGACAUAUAAUAGACUGUUUAAAUAGCGCUACUGAAAUAAUAACAGUAUAAUGUUGUCGAGUUGUAAUCAAUGUUUUUAAGAUAUAAAACACAAACCCACGAUUACUGCACUGUGUCAUAACACAUGUAUUUAUUUGAUAUUGCGUAGCAGAUGACACAACUACUGUACAAGGCAUAUUUUAACAUAAAUGCCAUGAUUGCUGGGUUUGGUGGAUAGUCCAAGUUAGAAUAUACAGACGAGUGUAUAUUAUAUAAAUAUAAAUCUAUAUAUACGUGAACUUGCAUUUACAGCUCGACAGUUACUCGCCUCUGUAGCUCAGUUUGUUAGAGCGUUGCACUGGAAUCGCGGGGCUGCAGGUUCGACUCUGGCCAUAGGACCUAGUGUUGCAUUCAAGUGAACUACAAAAUAUUUUCAUAUAAACUGGGGCCAUUUGGCACCGCUGGCCCCACUAGUUAGUGGCUCAGACUGGGCGCUAAUCUUACGCUGAGUUACCUAAAUCUUACUCUGCGGAGCCCACACUGUGACUGGGCACUAAUCUUGAUCCCCCCCUCUCCUUCCCCACUGUAAAAUAUUUAAAAUAUGCCACUGUAGUAUUUUCACAAUCCUUAUACCCUUCCUUUAUUAAUUAUAAAUUUAGUUUGGUAUACGUUUAAAAAUAAUGUUCUCAUUUCCAAUUUGUUAUAAUUCGUUAAUUUCUUUCAAUUUAGGGCCGUUGAAGAUAAAAACAUCGGACCUCUAGUUAAAACCAUUAUGACAAGAUGUAUUCACUGUACAAGAUGUAUUAGGUACAGUACAUGCUCUUACUGUGUUUAACAGGCGUAACCUCUAGCGAAGGCGUUGUAGUUUGUUCCUAAAGGCUCUGUCACACUAUUGCGUAUGAGAAAAGCGUAUGCGAAGCGUAUGAAAAUUAAUUAAAUAAUUUUCAUACGCACAAAAAUCCUUUGAAAUGCCAACGUAUGAGUACCGUACAUCUGGCGUGCCUUGAGUACCGUACAUCUGGCGUGCCUCUAGCGUAUUCAGCGUGUGCCGAUACGCACAAAAUGUUUGAGCAUGCUUAAAAAUUUUUUUCUGCCUCGCCGUAUGACAGCGUAUGCCACCGUACGCGACCGUGCUUAAAACGUAUACAACCUGUGCCUAACAUACCAGCGUAUGAGUGAUAUUUUUCAUACGCGCCAAUACGCUAGUACGAUACGCAAUAGUGUGACAGGGCCUUAAGAUUUUCAAGUAGCGAGAGUGUUUGGAGCAGUAUAGUUGUAUACCUACAGCGAAGAACAGUAUGUUUCCCCUAGCAAGUUAUAGUUGAUUACUUUUUUCGCUAAUAAAAUUCAGUGACAAGGCCUGGUGUUGUCGGCUGGAGGCCAGAGUUCUGCCGGUGCUUUCUCCCAGCUCCGCCUGGAACAGGGGUGGAACAAAUAGGCGAGCACGCGAGUACUGCUCGCAGGAAAUGUUAAACAGCUGCAGGAAAUUGAUUUGAAUGAAGAUUUGAUCUUGAAAAUUUGAAGGAAACCUGAACACCCAUGUUCCACUAUGGGCGCAAUAACAUAUGGUCGACAGACAUUAUUUCUUGAAUUUAAAACCAUGGUCAGCUAGAACACUAUAUGCUUAUGCACAUGCAGAUUUAGCAUUUGUCUCCAGGUUGUGCUUCCAGGAAAAAAAUCUUUUUUUCCUGCUCUGGGCUGGAAUGUGAGAAUGACAGGAAAUGUAACAAUUUCGUAGAAUUGGCGUUGGUUACAACAGAUGGCGACAUUGAAUUGUGAAGUCGUAUCAGUUGUGUCAGACCAUUUCGCCAUUUUCGGCUACUGCAAACGACCAAAUUACAAUAAAUCAUUAUGUCGACGUUUACACUAUACCGGAUAGCCAUCCGUGGCGGUGCGACAAAGCACCUAUCCGAUGCGGAAUUUCAGAAGCUGAGCGAAACAACAUCUCUCCGUUGCAAUAAUUCAUCUGAAAAUAGCUUUCCUAAUAGGUAGGGAUAUGAGUUUUUUUUAUGUGGCUAUGGAAAGCUAUCUGGCACAAGUGCAAACGUAGUCUAUGUCUCAGUCUGUGUUAUCUGUCACAGAUAAAGUUGUACAUCGCAAACGUCAUGCUUUGAUACGCUGCAUAACGCCACUUUACAUUUAUUGGGAAAAAAAUUGGGCUGAAUGACAUCCGCCAUAUCCGGUUAUAGACUUUAUCCUCUGUGUUGUGAACCAACGCAACCGCAACCAGAGACUUAGCUGUAAAGCAGCCGGUGCCAGAGCAGAAAAACCGAAGUUUGCACAGCUAUAUAUAUAUAUAUAUAUAUAUAUAUAUAUAUAUAUAUAUAUAUAUAUAUAUAUAUAUAUAUAUAUAUAUAUAUAUAUAUAUAUAUAUAUAUAUAUAUAUAUAUAGGUUAUCAUUUAAGGGAUGAGGUGAGAUCAGUUUUAUCGCUCGAGGGAUGAUAUCACAAUUGUCAAUUGUGAUAUAGUCCUCAGAGCAAUAAAACUGAUAUCACCGAAUCCCGAGCACAAGAACCUAUUUAUUAUAUACUUGUACCUUUAUCAGGGUUUGACACCCAAAAGUAAACAGUUUUGAAAAAAUAGGAUCAUUUUAGAAUUCAAAAAAAUUGAUCAUUUACUGAACAAAUAUGAUUUUAGAAAAUAAAUAGACCAUUCAUAUAAAUAAUAUACAAUUUAAGUCUUUCGUUUUGUAUUAUCGUUCUUGUUUCCUUCGAUAAAACUGUCGACAUCAACCAACACGAACCUCGAGUCGGCCAUCUUUGUUUUGACAAGGCGCGAAAUUUAGCGGGACAAAAAACGAUAUCCGGGACAAAAAACGAUAUCCGGGACAAAAAACGAUAUCCGGGACAAAAAACGAUAUCCGGGACGAUAUCGUUUUUAUGUCCCGCUGCUUCCUACCUGAUAAAGGUACAAGUAUGUGAUAUAUAUAUAUAUAUAUAUAUAUAUAUAUAUAUAUAUAUAUAUAUAUAUAUAUAUAUAUAUAUAUAUAUAUAUAUAUAUAUAUAUAUAUAUGCCACCGCCAAGGGUUCCGCUUUUUGAGUUUGAUAUUCAGUUAGAUGUGGGUGUUGAUUUUAAUACUUAGCAGUAGCAUAGAAGCGAAAUAGUUUUCCACACAUUUUUGAAACCGUUUAUAUGGCUGUGCAGUGUAUACAUUUCACUUGACAAGUUCAGGGUGAGAUAAUUCAAAACUGUUAGCUGUACCUGAAAUUGGGAAAUUUAUUUUAGCCUGAAGUCGGGCAUUUCUUUGUGGGUCUGGGGGCAUGCGGUUACCCCCUCUCGAUUUUUACAAUUUUUGUGUCUUUGAAAUGGCAUUUCCCGCAUUUUGGGAGUAAUUUUGAGGAAACGUAGUUAUAAACAUGUUUUUAAUGGCGUAUUAACAACAUUGAAUUUCUAUAACUAUUUUUUGGCUGACCCGAAUUGGGAAAUUGCGACCUCAAGGUAAUUGGGAAAACCAUAGGGAAAACCUACUGUACCUGUAGCUAACACCCUGUAAACUUAAGACUCCUUAAGAAUUUUUAAAGAAACUAUCGGCUGGAAAUGUACUUUGUAUCGAGUAAUGAGCUUUGAAAUUGUUUUGUCUAGAUUUGCAAGUGAAGUUGCUGGUGUUGACGAGUUAGGCACGACUGGACGUGGUGGAGACAUGCAAGUUGGAACGUACAUUGAAAAGAUGUUCAAAUCUGAGAUGUCUGGCAAUGUUAUAGGUAUAUUGCUUAUGAACAAUCGACUCUUUCACAGUCAUCACGUUUCAAAUUUAUUCUCCUUACUUAUUAUCGUUCUUGUGUAAUAGUAGCACUGCAAUACUUAUUGAGUGCUAGCUUUAACAGGGGUGGAUCUAGCCUCACCUGCAAGGAGGGGUGCAGGUUUUCCAGGCCUAGAAAAUACAUUUCCCUUCAUGGCAGCAAAAUCGAAAAAUAAAAGUUUCCUAACUGUGUAAGUCAAUAGGACUUCCUGCAUCGUAGAUUUCGGAGAACGGAUGGUGCGCACAUGCGAUAAACUUCAAUCUUAGUGAACUUUUAAAACAAUAAGUAAAUUAUAUGGCAUUCCAGUGUUGACACGAUUUCCCUGCAAGAUGUAAGAAAAUUUCCGGGAAGAUAUUUUGUUCAAAAUUUUUGUGGUAGCGGUGCUGCUGGUGCUGCCUGACAUUUUCCAGCUCUGAGAAAACCAUGGGGUGGUGCACAUGGGAGCCUUGCCCACUCUCCUCUGCAAUCUGCAACUCUACCAUCCCAACAUUAAUUUUAUUUGAGAUGGCCGAACCUGCAUGUUCGCCGUUCUGUUACGUUUUACAUGUGCAUUACGUUUUGUUGAUAAAGUUUAUAUCGGCUAUUUUGUCACACGCAUGCAUGCGUGACUGGACAGUUGCUGUACACACAUAAAAAUCUCACAACUUGUCAACAAGAUGUGUUCGCAACAGGCUUGCAGCAAGCUUAUCAACAAGUUGUAACAAUGCUAUUAUUUUAUCAAGUUGCUACAAGCUUGUCACUCACAACUUGUUGACAAAUUGUUGAAUUUCAGGAAGAUAACAAAUUGUUGGAACAACUUGUAACAAGUCUGUUGAGUUCAACAACCUUGUAGCAAGUUGUCAACAAGCCGUUGACAACUUGUCAACAAGCUGGGAACAAGCAGUGCGAACACAUCCUGUUAACAAGUUGUUGGAACAGCAUUGCUACAAGUCUGUUGCAGGUUUGUUACAACUUGUACGUUUUUACGUUUGUAGCACAGCACAGUAAAUUUACUUGUUAAAGUACAGUAUGUUUGAAAAUACGGCUGUAUAACAACCUCGACACAUAUUUAACAAUGAUAUAUUUGACUAAAGUAUUCUGAGUGUUUUAUCAUGAACUCACAAAUGAACUAAAUCGUUUCAAGAAAUCGUCACGCACUAACAGUAGAAGUUCCACUAAUCGGUAUUCGAAAAGCAGAAUAUAUAUGGUCAACAGGGUUCAUACAAAACUUGAAAUCCUUGAAAGUCCUUGAAUUUGGAAACAAAAAUCCAAGACCUUGAAAGACCUUGAGUUUAUAUAGAAGUGCUUGAAAGUCCUUAAAUUGUUCUUGCUUUAGUGGAUAUUUCUGAAAUUGUUUGGCAUUAAGAAUAGGACAUUUUGUAAAUUGAUUUUGUUCAUAUCUUACAAAGGCCGAAGUUGUUUAAAAUUCAUUAAAGUUGCCGUUUGAACAGUUCAACUUACGUCACUUUUUACUGAUUUCUAACGCCUUCUUUUCUGCCCUUUAGUCCUUGAAUUUUCUGAUACUGUACAUGGCCUCGAAAGUCCUUGAAAAGUCUUUUAAUUCUUUCUGACCAGUACGAACCUGGGUAAAGCAGUUUUUAGGGUGCAUGGUGCUGGACUUCUCGGGAGGGGAGGGGGGGAUCCCUGCGAGACAAAUCACUCACAGAAUUGGUAAUGUGAACCAGGCUUUAGCGAAUGAAUGAGCCAACCCUCUCCCGUCCCUUCUUUGUAUUUUAUCACGGCGCACGUAGCUGGGGUGAACACCUUAGUAUGCGUCCUGUUCACUUGGCGGCAUCUGGUGUUUCGCAUUUUAACAUCAACACGUGAAUAUUUCGUAUUAUAUAGAUCUUUGUCCUGUUGGAGCUUUAACGUCCAAACCAUACGCGUUUGCAGCCAGACCAUGGGAAACGAGGUACGCUUGAAUGCAUUGUAGUUAUAGAACAUUUAACAAUUAGAUGAGCUGAUUGUGUCAUCAUCUACCUAUAAUAUUCAGGCUCGUGGUUCGUUGAUUAUAACAGUGAAAGACAAUAAAACUAUAGAAAUGUCUUUCUAAGAACGAGUCACAAACAAUGAUCAUUUUUGUUUCUGAAAGCCAAUCACAAAACAUGAGCAUUUUAGGUAGGUCGUUACCCAACUGAUUGAGUGUAGCUCAAACUCAACUCUGCAAAAACAUCUGCUGUGAUAACGGCUUGUGUAUGGAAGACAUAUACCAUUUGUCAACGGCAGUGGGAAAACGCCCCCCCCCCCCUCCCUUUCUAAUAAUUUCUGAAAGUCUUUGACUGGUGGAUGAAUAAAUGUGCACUGUAACAAAGCUAUACAAGUACAGUAUAUGAUAAUUUUACAACAAACAUGAAAGCAUUAGUCGGCUAUAAAUUAUGCAACUUUGCAUGAAAUUUAGGGCAGAAAAGUUUAAUUUCCAGCAAUAAACGGGUGGCAUUGUGAUAGAGGGUAACCCAAAUUCGCCCCCGCCCACCAUUUCGCGAAGUGCCCGGCAUGUCUAUCCUUGUUUGUCAUGCCAUGUGAAAAUUUAUUUUCUGUAGGAAAACCGAGUCAAUUGAUGUUCUCGAUGCGGUUGGAAGUAACAUCGUCGUGAGUACGCGAUCUGGAGAGGUGAUGAGAAUACUGCCUAGGAUGAACGAGGUAACGCGUAUGUAAAUAUUAUCUAUUAAGUACAAUUUGGGUAAUCAUUGGAAGAAAUACAGUACUGAUAAAACACUCCUACGCGUGCUUUAAAUAGUACAUAAUGCACUGUCUUGGUUUUUCACUUUUUUCUUGCUUUGUGUCCGCUUUCUUGGCAAGACAAUGUGGAGAAGAAUCAUAGAGGUCCGUUUGAAUUCAAAAUGUAUUAGAAAACGAGAGAGAAAAGACCGGAAAUCAAAUGCAAGAGUAGCCAACAAGAGACAACGGGACAUAAAUAGGCUGUUUUUGAGUCUGAAAAAAAUUGAAUUGAAAAAAAACUAAACUGAAAAAAAACUUCGAAAAUCUACAGGAAUACACAAAAUGCACCAGAAAAAAGGACCUUUAAUGUUUCAAAUAUAAACUGCUUGACAUAUCUUAAUUAUCUUCGGCGAAACACGAAAAAUAUAGGGAUAGUAUCAGCAAAUUAAAACAGAACAUUGAGAACAACUCGACGAAAACCUCGGAUUCUACGAUUUCAUGCCAAAUCCGGUUUGUAAGAUGCAACAAAACAACAGCAAAUUAGUCUCCUUAUCAGGGUGGAUUUCCAGUUUAUUAAAUUUAUUUUCCAAAAUUUAUAAUGUUCUUAACUUUUUGUUCCUUCGCCGGCCUGAUAAUUCAAGCUCGUUGCUAACCGAUGAGAAAAAGCAUGCGCGUGAUGUCACUGAUUACAUGUUAGGAGAAUUCCAAAAUUGAACAUUUUCUCGUGUUCUCCCAACAUUCCCUCCUUUUUUGUCUCGGGUGUUUUGCAUGUUUGUGAUGUUGUCUCUGAGUGUGCCCACACCGGGUAACCUGAAAAGUCGGUAGAGCAUUGGACUAGCAAGCCAAAUGUCGCUGAAAUCAGCUUUGGAAUAAAGAAGAAACUUCCAGCCACCCGAGGUGCGUCCAAUCCCGGACUCACCGAACCUGCAAGUACGUUUGGUUUUUAUCCUAUACACCGAGCCAUACACAUAUUUGUAGCUCUUCGCGAUAUAUUCGUCGAUGUUUUGUCAACAUUUUUCCGGCCAAAAAAAUCACUGGGCUGUUAAUACUUCUUUAUCUACGUCUAGAUUACCUUUAUUGCAUUUUUUUCUUUGGUUUUUCUUCAGUCUCAGUAGGUUAGUCACCGAAAAAAGUUCUUUAAAGUUUAGUUUAUCGGCUAAAUCUUGUCCGCCAUUGUUAUUGUUUAUAUUGCAACGUGAGCAGUUUCGCAGGUGAGUUCGGCGAAAAGCAGGUGAGUUCGGGCAAAAAGCAGGUGAGCUCGACGACAAGCUCACCUGCUCUAAACCAAUCAGAAAGCCGCUUUUAACACAGGUAUGGGAUAAGAUUCCUACCGCAGUCAAGUAAACUUUUCAGCUUGCCCGGUAUGGACACACUGCAGGAGACAACAUCACAAACAUUUUCCAUAAAAGAACGCGGCUCGUUUUAUAUUUCCUAAAUACAUGUUGAUUUAAUUCUAGGAUAUCAAUGAAGAAUGGAUCUCUGAUAAGACCAGGUAAGUUACAAUGCGUGUUUAUAUGGCUUCGAUAUUAUAUACCGUCCCAACGGUUGGGUACGAUUAGGUUUGUAUAACAUUACCUACGACUGGAAUAAUUAGAAUAUGCAUGUCAAAGAAUUCAACUGUUCAAUCACCAUUUGAAUGUGCAGAAGUUGCUCAAGCAACAAUUAGUUUCCUCAUGGUUGAUUCGCUUUAAGUUAGAAAAUAUAUUCCCUUACCUUUCUUUAUUUUACUUUAUACAAAGAAGACAAAAUACGGUAGUGCAAAAAACAGAUAUUUAAUGACAGUUCUAUAAUUGUGGCUAUGAGUGAAACACAAAUAAUGAUUGAAGCUAGAAAUUCCGAAUUGACUUAUUUGGUACCGUAUUUAAGAUACAGGAUUUUAUAGAUUACCUUCCGGAAACAGGUGGGCAAUUUGUCUGAGCAUGCACGCAGAAAAUCAAUAUGGCGACAUAUAUUAGGAGUGUUUCGUGGAUUUAUCUGGUUUUAAAGCUGAUAAAACAACAUUUUAAUGAACGAAAACUUUGUAAUAUUUAGUGGAAAACAUUCUAUUAUUACAAAAAACAAGUUUGAAAACGGGAUCUAGUCCUCCAGCUUGAUCCAGUCCUUCAAUUUUCUGUGAUUUACAUAACACUAUAGUUAUAUAUAUAAUUUAAGGGCCAAUCAGUAUUGUUCAAGACAUAUUUUCCUUCCAGAACACCUUUUCAAAAUACUAACACAAGCAUGUCAAAAAUAGUGUACAUUUACAAGGGCAAUCUCAACCCUUUGACACAUUUUUCCCAUGAAUGAUUUUAAUUCUAAUAUAAAGACUAUAUAGAUAAAAUCUGCUGUGUUGGUGUAAUGUACUCAGGUGAAUAAGAUGUUUGUGUGAUGUUACUCUGAAUGUAUAUCCACACCGGGCAGGCUUGAAAAAUAUGCCUGGCCACGGUGGGAUUCGAACCUACGACCUUUGGAAUACUAGCCAAAACAUAACACACAAACACCACUAUAGAUACAAAUUUGAUUUAAAGCCAGUUUCAAGUUCUUAUUUCUUAACAUCUGUUUUAAUCCAACUAGCUCUGUAGGCACGAGCAAAAUUUAGUGUUGAUGUAAAUAUCCACUUUGUUCAUGUUUCCCCAGUGAAAAUAUAGUCUAUUCCAAAGCUGAUUUCGACGUACUAUAGCUUUUCAGAAACCGUUGGCCUUCCUCAGUAAGAUAAUCAACUGUUUCACAAACGUAUUUGAUAGUAAACAGCUAAAAUAUUCUCCGAAAGUCUAUAUUUUUGCUCUUCGACGCUAAAAUGGAAACUCAAUAAGAAAUGAGUUGCUAUUUUUGGUCAGCGUCGACAAAUUGCCUACCUGUUCCUUCCGGACAGAAUGUUGGGACAGCAAGUGUUGUUCUACUGGGAAGAACUACAGCCAAUUGCAAUUGACCGUGAGGCAUGCAUAAAUUAAACAUUUGUCACUAGGGGCGAACUUCAUUGUUGCUAAGGUAAAAUGUCCUCUACCAAUGACUGAUGUUAUUUACGUUGUAAGGCAAAAUGAAAUUCACAAUUUAAAUAUGUUUGAAGCGAAACCAGGAUUAUUCAUAAUAAAUUUGUUGACGUUCUCUGGUUUUCAAUAUUUAUUUAUUUAUUUAUUUAUUACGAUCUUUCGACUGUUAGUCUGCAGUCUUUAUCUGUUAAAGACUGCAGACUGGCAGUCGAAAGCUCGUAAUAAAUAAAUAAAUAAAUAAAUAAAUAAAUAAAUAAAACCAGAGAACGUCUAGUACAAACUUAUUAUGAAAUGCACAAUGAUUCCCCGGGAUAACCCGAACAGGAUUUGUUCACGUGCUUUCAAGCUACUUACUUUAGAUUAUAAAGUAGAGUACGGAGAAACAUUGUGAAUUUCAUUUUACAGUACAACGUAAACAACCUCGCAUUCUCAUUGGUAGAGAAAAGUUUUACCUUAGCGACAAUGAAGUUCGCCCCAAGUAACGUCAACCUUCAUCCAAUAAACAACCAGUUUGAAACAAUGAACAGAUGUUUAAUUCAUGUUCAAUGCCUCACGUUCAAUUGCAAAUAGCUGUAUAUUGUUGCUGCUAUUUCAAUUAAGGUUGUCCCCCGAGCAAAGCGGAAUAGUCGAAUACGAGCGCGAAAGGCUGCUGGGAAUCGCUAAUAAAUUCAUUCAUUUAUUAGCGAUUCCCAGCAGCGUUUCGCGCUCGUAUUCGACUUUUCCGCUUUGCUCAGGGGACAACCUUAAUUGAAAUAGCUGUAUGUCCAAAUUAGGGAAAUGUACUGCAGUUGAAGUACUGUUUAAAACCGCAGUCAGUGAUUACCUGGUUAGUAAUAAAUUACUGAAACGGCAGUUCUAUUGCUUUCUCAUGCAGGUUUGCCUAUGAUGGUUUAAAACGCCAACGUUUGACAACGCCAAUGGUGAAAGACGAUAGUGGAAAUUUAACUUCAUGUUCUUGGGAAGAUGUGUUGUUGUCUGUGUCUCAAAAACUUCAAAGUUUAAAGGGUGAGGAGAUGGCAGCAGUUGUUGGUGGUCUGGCUGAUGCAGAAUCUUUGGUCGCCUUGAAAGAUUUCUUCAACAGAUAUGAUAGUGAAGCAUUACAUACGGAAGAAAGCUUCCCUAUGGAUGGCUCAGGGUAAGUGC